CUCUCACCGGACACUUCUGAUCUCCAGCACCAUGGGCACCCCUACAGUUAACACAAAUGUUUUCCACCGAUACUAGACAUUCCUUUGUCUCAUGCCCUUCUACGCACUUCUCACAUUUGGAAAUAUCCCUCCUACACACUGCUGCAACAUGAUCAUUGGCUUUUGUCGGAUGAAGACUCAGCAGGACACGACCGAGACUGCGUCGCACCAAACGACGGGUACCACCGUCUGUGUUCGACUGUUGUAGUCUGAUGAUUCCUAUCGUCCAUUUAUCAAUUGAUUACUUAGGUCUUUUUCAAACUAAACAUGGCGGCCACCCCAGCUACAAAUCCAUCACAGUUGCUCCCACUUGAGCUCGUGGACAAAUGUAUAGGUUCCCGAAUCCAUAUAGUCAUGAAAAACGACAAAGAAAUUGUCGGCACCCUGUUGGGUUUCGAUGAUUUUGUCAACAUGGUGUUGGAGGACGUGACAGAAUUUGAAAUCACACCGGAGGGAAGAAGGAUAACCAAACUGGACCAGAUCCUACUCAACGGCAACAACAUCACCAUGCUCAUACCUGGAGGCGAAGGGCCUGAAGUAUGAAAAAAGAAGCAGAGUUUUUAUCUGAAACAUUUUAUGUUCUUGUGGAUGUAUACUUGCCUUCCCAUCAGUACUUACUUUAGCCAGUUUGUGAUAAUGUUAUAUUUUGGGUUCUUUCUUUCAGUUUUGAGAAGAUUUUUGUAACAAGUGUUUUUCCUAAUGAAGCCUUGAUAAUGUGUGUACAGAGCAACAGGUGAUUUGACCUUUGACAUGUAAACCAUUUCUACCAUGUAGUGGAACUACACAUUUUUUCUUAUAAAUAAAUAACAGAAUAAGUGUCAUUGGAAAUAAA